AUGGUGAACGCAGUGGUUGAGGUGAUGGCUUUUUUCCUCGGCUUUGCGGGAUGGGUGAUGUCCGCUAUCAUCAUUACGUAUCGCUUCUGGAGGGUCUCCAGCAUGGAGGGGAACGUCAUCACUGCCGCCCUCGUCUACGAGAACUUAUGGAUGUCCUGCGCUACUGAUUCCACCGGAGUGCACAACUGCACCGAGUUUCCCUCCAUGCUCGGCCUCGCCGGUUUUGUCCAGGCGUGUCGUGCACUCAUGAUCGCCUCCAUCGUGUUGGGGACGUUCGGUCUGAUCUUUACACUUAUUGGGAUGCAGUGUUCCAAAAUCGGAGGAGAGAACUACCUAGUGAAGGGACGAAUCGCCGUCCUCGGAGGAGUGUUCUUCAUCCUACAGGGUUUGUGUACGAUGAUCGCUGUGUCGUGGUACGCCUUCAACAUCACACAGGAGUUCUUUGACCCACUUUACCCUGGAACAAAGUUUGAGAUAGGAGAUGGAUUGUAUAUCGGCUGGUGUUCAGCGACGCUCGCUCUGAUUGCUGGCUGCUGCUUAAUGUGUGUGUGUGGAAACAACAGCAGUAGAGAGAAAACGCCGUACUUGUACCAGUCUCAGCACAGAGGGACGCCGUAUACAACCUCGGUUGUGUCCCAGCAGCCCAACAGCUACAACCGAAAUGCCUACGUGUAAGAGUCACAGGGUUGCCGUUGUGAUUACCUUUUUCAAUGUAAAUAUAUAACAAUUAAUAUUU